UUUCCUUCGGUUUAAAUCGCAGCUUACUGCACUUUAUGCUUCCUAGAAAGAGACCUUGUGAAGGAGUGGUUGUAGAAGAAGAGAGUGAGAACAAGAACACCACAGACUCUUCGUCGUUCCCUAAGAAGCAUCGGAUCGGCUGCUUCGGCGCCUCCUCGCCUGCAGAUACCGCCGAUUCGACGGCUAAUAACAGCAAACAAAACUUCAAUUGCGGCAACACCAACAACAACAACCACAGUAGCGGAAACUUGCCUGAAGGAUCAUCGGCAAUGGCUUUGGGUAAUUCUAAUCCGCCAGAUAUUGAUGAGGAUCUGCACAGUCGUCAGCUCGCUGUGUAUGGUCGCGACACGAUGAGGAAGCUCUUUGCGUCUAAUGUCCUCGUCUCUGGAAUGCAGGGUCUUGGUGUUGAGAUUGCCAAGAAUCUCAUUCUUGCUGGCGUCAAAUCUGUGACCCUUCAUGAUGAAGGGAACGUGGAGCUGUGGGAUCUGUCUGGCAAUUUUGUGUUUUCAGAGAAUGAUGUGGGUAAAAACAGGGCAGCGGCUUCCAUUAGUAAGUUGCAGGAGCUCAACAAUGCAGUUCUUGUGCUGAGCUUGGAAACUAAACUGACAAAAGAGCAGCUUUCUAAUUUCCAGGCUGUUGUUUUCACUGAUAUUAGCCUUGAGAAAGCCAUUGAGUUCAAUGAUUACUGCCAUAGCCAUCAGCCUCCAAUUGCUUUCAUUAAAUCUGAAGUCAGAGGUCUUUUUGGCUCCGUAUUCUGUGAUUUUGGGCCUGAAUUCACUGUUUUUGAUGUGGACGGAGAGGAACCCCAUACGGGUAUAAUUGCAUCAAUUGGCAAUGACAAUCAUGCCCUGGUAUCCUGUGUUGAUGAUGAGAGGCUUGAAUUUCAGGAUGGUGAUCUUGUUGUAUUCUCUGAAGUUCAUGGUAUGACAGAAUUGAAUGAUGGAAAACCAAGGAAAAUUAAAAAUGCAAGAGCAUAUUCUUUUACUCUUGAAGAAGACACUACUAAUUAUGGUACCUAUGUAAAGGGGGGUAUCGUUACACAGGUGAAACAACCAAAGGCUUUGAAAUUUAAGACACUUAGAGAAUCACUCAGUGAUCCGGGUGAUUUUCUUCUUAGUGAUUUUUCCAAGUUUGAUCGGCCGCCCCUCCUGCACUUAGCAUUCCAGGCUUUGGAUAAGUUUGUCUCUGAGUUACAUCGCUUUCCUGUUGCUGGUUCAGAGGAUGACGCUCAGAAGCUUAUUUCUAUUGCCAGCAAUAUUAAUGAGAGCUUGGGAGACGGGAAAUUGGAUGAUAUCAACCCAAAACUUCUGCGGCACUUUGCCUUUGGUGCUAGGGCAGUUUUGAAUCCAAUGGCUGCUAUGUUUGGUGGAAUUGUCGGACAAGAGGUUGUUAAAGCAUGCUCUGGGAAGUUUCAUCCACUUUUUCAGUAUUUCUACUUCGACUCAGUGGAGUCACUUCCUACAGAACCACUUGAUCCCAAUGAUUUUAUACCAGUAAAUAGCCGUUAUGAUGCACAAAUCUCUGUCUUUGGAUCCAAGUUACAGAAGAAGUUAGAAGAAGCUAAAGUGUUUGUGGUUGGAGCUGGUGCUUUGGGAUGUGAGUUCUUGAAGAAUCUCGCCCUCAUGGGAGUUUCUUGUGGAAAUCUGGGGAAGCUGACAGUUACUGAUGAUGAUGUUAUUGAGAAGAGUAACCUUAGCCGGCAGUUCCUCUUUCGUGACUGGAAUAUUGGACAAGCUAAGUCUACAGUUGCUGCAUCAGCUGCUGUUUCCAUAAAUCCUUCUCUGAAGAUUGAAGCACUGCAGAACCGUGUGGGCCCUGAAACUGAAAAUGUGUUUGACGAUGCAUUUUGGGAAAACUUGAGUGUUGUGAUUAAUGCACUUGACAAUGUGAAUGCUAGACUAUAUGUCGACCAGAGAUGCUUGUAUUUCCAAAAGCCUCUUCUUGAGUCAGGAACUCUUGGGGCAAAGUGCAAUACCCAGAUGGUCAUUCCCCACCUGAGAAAUUAUGGUGCUUCUAGAGAUCCUCCUGAGAAACAGGCGCCUAUGUGUACUGUACACUCAUUUCCACACAACAUUGACCACUGCUUGACAUGGGCCCGAUCUGAAUUUGAGGGCUUGCUUGAGAAAACUCCUGCUGAAGUAAAUUUAUAUUUGUCCAACCCAAGUGAAUAUACUAAUGCAAUGAGGAAUGCUGGCGAUGCUCAAGCAAGGGAUAACUUGGAACGUGUUCUUGAGUGCCUUGACAGGGAAAAGUGUGAGACCUUUGAAGACUGCAUUACAUGGGCUCGCCUAAAGUUUGAAGAUUAUUUUGCUAAUCGGGUGAAGCAGUUGAUUUACACUUUUCCAGAGGAUGCUGCAACUAGUACUGGAGCUCCUUUUUGGUCCGCUCCAAAAAGAUUCCCUCAUCCACUGCAGUUCUCAGCUUCUGAUCCUGGUCAUCUUCAUUUUGUGAUGGCAGCUUCUAUACUGCGAGCAGAAACAUUCGGCAUACCCAUCCCUGAUUGGGUGAAGAACCCAAAGAAGUUGGCUGAAGCAAUUGAUAAAGUGAUAGUACCUGAUUUUCAGCCAAAGAAAGAUGCAAAAAUAGUGACAGAUGAGAAGGCCACAAGUCUUAGUACUUCUUCAAUAGAUGAUACAGCUGUUAUCAAUGAUCUAAUAGUCAGGUUAGAGCGUUGCCGGGCGAACCUGCCACCAGGUUUCAGGAUGACCAUUCAGUUUGAGAAGGAUGAUGAUACAAACUACCACAUGGACAUGAUAGCUGGCCUUGCCAACAUGAGGGCUAGAAAUUACGGCAUUCCUGAAGUUGACAAGCUUAAAGCUAAGUUCAUUGCAGGACGUAUCAUUCCAGCUAUCGCAACCUCAACUGCCAUGGCCACUGGUCUUGUCUGCCUGGAGCUUUACAAAGCAUUGGAUGGAGGGCAUAAAGUUGAGGACUACCGAAACACAUUUGCUAACCUAGCACUUCCUCUCUUUUCCAUCGCUGAGCCAGUUCCGCCUAAGGUCUUCAAACACCAGGAUAUGAGUUGGACAGUCUGGGACAGGUGGAUUCUUAAAGAUAAUCCUACACUCAGGCAACUUCUUGAGUGGCUGAAGGAGAAAGGCCUGAACGCCUAUAGCAUUUCAUGUGGAAGCUGUCUGCUCUAUAAUAGCAUGUUCCCCAGGCACAAAGACCGAAUGGACAAAAAGAUUGUAGAUCUAGCAAGGGAAGUGGCCAAGGUAGAACUCCCUCCAUAUCGUUGUCACUUGGAUGUUGUUGUGGCUUGUGAGGAUGAUGAGGAUAAUGACAUCGACAUCCCUCAAAUAUCCAUUUAUUUCCGUUAGGCUAUUUUCAUCCCAUCGGGUGUACCCGGGGCGUAUCCUAGAUGAAAGGACUACCAUUGCAGCAAGUUUAGCUCGACAUAAUUUGUAGUGGCUUCUCAAGCCAACGCUGUUAAUUAUAUCACAAUUCGUACAUGAAUUGCUUUGCCCAUCUGAUCAUGUGUAGUUAAACUGCACUCGUGCAUGGAGUUGUUUUGAUUUUAUUGUUGGGUGUUGAACCAAAGAUCGACUUCUCUCCGGGUGUGACGGGGGCUGGAAGUCUCAUUUCAUUUCCUCUUGCUUUUGGUCUCCUGGAGGUUGGUCGUUUCUCGCAAACGGCUAACUGUUAGCGUGUUAAACUGUUUUGAAGAGCCUUUGUAUUUGACGAUCACUUGUUUUAUUUGCGGUUUUUAUCA